CUACUUCAGUUUAAUCUUCUGCUCAGAGGAUAAAACUCAAAACCCUCAGUCCCCUUUCUCUUCUCCUCAUCCUUCUCCCUCCAUUUCUCUCUUCCCAAAUGAACCUAACCCUAAACCACACAUUCACCUCUCAAACCCUUAUUCAGUUCCCAUUUCCCCCAAUUCAAAGAACAAGAAGGAGAAAGCACAACAAAUUUUGCCAUAAAAGAGCGGGCUUUCGAGCUUCAGCAUCAGCAAGCGGAGAUGGACGUGGAAAUUUUUCUUGGGACAAGGUCUCGAGAUCAAUACAGAGGGGGUCGGAGCGGUUCGUGUUGAAUCUUGGGGAGAUUUUGAAGAAGGAGACGGGGUUUGAUCUAGAGGGCGCGAAUAUUAAAGCAAGGGGGUUAAUCAAUAGAGGGAGAGAGGCGGUGGAUCGGUUUAGACUGGAAUUGGUUCCGGAAUUUGUUGAGUGGAAUAAAUGGGACAAGUGGAAGGAUGUUGAGAAGUGGGAUCCUAGGCGUAUCGGGGCCUUAAUUUUGUACAUUAUCAUCGUUACAAUUUCAUGCCAAAGGGUGUAUAUGGCUAUUUCAACUCAUAUAAAUCGUCAGAGUAGGAAGGAACUAACAGAGGCCUAUAUGGAAGCAUUAAUUCCGGAGCCAUCUCCAGCCAACGUUAGGAGGUUUAAGAAGGGCAUGUGGAGAAAAACAAUGCCUAAAGGGCUGAAAAUCAAGAAAUUUAUUGACGGUCCAGGAGGGGCACUUAUUCAGGACAAUUCCUAUGUUGGAGAAGAUGCAUGGGAUGAUGAUCCUGAGCCUUCUCAGGAUGCCAUAACUAAUAUUAUUGAGAAGGACACAAAAUUAAGUGAUGAGCAAAAGAAAGAAUUGAAAGAGAAGUUAAGCAUUUCAGGUCUUGUUGGCAAAUCAAUAGGUCAAGUAAGCGGAACAACUUGGAGAGAACGGCUACACAUAUGGAAAGAAAUUCUAAGAAGGGAUAAACUUGCUGAGCAGAUUGAUACAACACAUGCCAAGUAUGUGGUUGAUUUUGACAUGCAAGAAGUAGAGAAAAGUUUGCGUAAGGAUGUGAUGGAGAAAGUGUCAGAGACACAAGGUAGUAGAGCACUAUGGAUUUCUAAGAGAUGGUGGCAUUAUCGUCCAAAACUGCCUUACACUUAUUUUCUUAGUAAACUUGACUGUUCGGAGGUUGCUGCUGUUGUUUUCUCUGAGGAUCUCAAGAAAAUAUAUGUCACAAUGAAAGAGGGAUUCCCACUGGAGUAUGUUGUUGAUAUCCCUCUUGAUCCUUACUUGUUUGAGAUGAUUUCAAGUUCGGGUGUUGAAGUGGAUCUCCUUCAGAAACGGCAAAUUUACUAUUUCCUCAAAGUUGUCUUUGCAUUAGCACCAGGCUUGCUCCUUUUGUUGCUUAUCCGAGAAUCUGUAAUGCUACUGCACAUCACGUCUCAGCGCUUUUUAUAUAAGAAAUAUAACCAGCUCUUUGACAUGGCUUAUGCAGAAAACUUUAUACUGCCAGUGGAAAGCCCUGAUGAGCCCAAAUCAAUGUAUAAAGAAGUCGUAUUAGGAGGCGAUGUUUGGGAUCUUCUGGAUGAGAUUAUGAUAUAUAUGAACAAUCCCAUGCAGUAUUAUGAAAAACAAGUUUCAUUUGUUCGGGGUGUACUUCUUUCUGGGCCACCAGGGACAGGAAAAACACUCUUUGCACGGACACUUUCAAAGGAAAGUGGUAUGCCUUUUGUAUUUGCAUCUGGUGCUGAAUUUACAGACAGCGAGAAGAGUGGAGCAGCAAGGAUCAAUGAAAUUUUUUCUAUAGCCAGAAGAAAUGCUCCUUCCUUCGUCUUUAUUGAUGAAAUUGAUGCUAUUGCUGGAAGACAUGCCAGAAAGGAUUCCCGUAGGCGUGCGACAUUCGAGGCUCUCAUCGCACAGCUUGAUGGAGAAAAAGAGAAAACUGGUGUCGAUCGUCACUCUCUCAGACAAGCUGUAAUAUUCAUAUGUGCAACAAAUCGGCCUGAUGAGCUGGAUUCUGAAUUUGUUCGUCCGGGACGCAUUGAUAGGCGUCUGUACAUUGGUUUACCUGAUGCAAAGCAACGUGUCAAGAUAUUCGGCGUGCAUGGUUCCGGGAAAAGAUUUGCAGAUGAUGUGGACUUUGAAAAGCUUGUCUUUCGUACUGUUGGCUAUUCUGGAGCUGAUAUUCGCAAUCUUGUCAAUGAAGCGGCAAUAAUGUCUGUCAGGAAAGGUCACUCUUUGAUUACUCAGAAAGACAUUGUUGAUGUGCUAGAUAAGCAAUUACUUGAGGGUAUGGGUGUACUCCUUACCGAAGAAGAGCAACAGAAAUGUGAAGCCAGUGUUUCUAUGGAGACAAAGAGGUUGUUAGCUGUGCAUGAAGCUGGUCAUAUACUGUUGGCACAUUUAUUUCCUCGUUUUGAUUGGCAUGCUUUCUCUCAGCUACUUCCUGGUGGCAAGGAAACUGCAAUGUCUGUAUUUUAUCCAAGGGAAGAUAUGGUUGAUCAAGGAUAUACUACAUUUGGUUAUAUGCAAAUGCAAAUGGUAGUUGCACAUGGAGGGCGCUUGGCUGAAAGGAUCGUGUUUGGUGAUAACAUUACUGAUGGAGGAAGAGAUGAUCUAGAAAAAAAUACAAAAAUUGCUAGGGAGAUGGUGAUUAGCCCACGAAAUUCAAGGUUAGCUUUUGCAACCUUAGUGAAAAGAGUUGGCAUGCUUGAUCGACCAGAUAAUCCUGAUGGUGAGCUUAUUAAGUAUAAGUGGGAUGAGCCUAACGUGAUUCCAGCCGAUAUGACUGUUGAAGUGUCAGAGCUAUUCACCAGGGAGCUAACGAGGUACAUUGAUGAGACAGAAGAACUUGCGAUGAAUGGUUUAGUACAAAACAGGCAUAUCCUAGACAUGAUUGCUAGAGAAUUAUUGGAAAAUUCAAGAAUAACUGGGCUGGAAAUUGGAGAGAGAAUUAAGGAGCUGUUCCCGGUGAUGUUCGAUGAUUUUGUAAAGCCAUUUCAAAUAAACUUGGAUCAGGAGGGACCAUUGCCUGUUAAUGAUCGUCUGCGUUAUCAGCCACUGGAAGUGUACCCUGCACCUCUUCAUCGGUGUUGAGAACUUGGGGGGGUUUUAUUAGAGCUCUUCAGCUCUUAUAGAUCAUGAAAACAAUGCACUUGAAAGUUUAGCCAUACCUUCAAUUGAGAUGGCCUGCAGUUUCCCACAGCAAACAGCACCUGAUCCUUUUCUGAUCGGAAUUAUUCAUUAAAAAAAUUAUCUGCCUUUCUUGCCAACUUCAUUUAUCAAGAUAUGGUGGAAGAACAGUGCUGAUGGAUGUGAAAAUUUUGUUUAUUGCAUCACGGUAGAGAAACAGUAGCUGCUAUCAGAUAGAGCGUAGUGAAGAGAAAGAGAUUCAUAUAGCAGACACUAGAAAGUUCAAUAAAUUAUUUGUUAUUGUUAUAUUGACUGCAAGUGUGCAUUCCGAAGUUCCAUGCCGAGCAAAGAUCCCAAGAAAGAAGCUGAAUCCAUCAACUUUCCUCUGGUGACGUGUAAAUGCCUGAUACAUCUCUUUAUUGUCUUUGUAGUUCUUUGAAGAGAACAUGCUGUGAAAAUGUAUACUUUGGGAAUGGCAACGUGUCCACUCGGUAUUCUUGUUUACUGGCUAGAUCUUGCCAGUCCGUUGUAUCAUCUCCAUUCUUUUGUUGCUCCGGGCAGUGAAAAACUUUCAAAACUUUCGAGUUAGAACAAAAGAAAGAGUUCAGUACUACGGUAGUUGGAAAUUGCAUCGUUUUGAAGCAUAUUACGUUGAAGUAGUCUUAUUUUCUUAGGUGUGGGGCUAUUUCCUAUUGUAAAAUCUUUUAAGGGCAGCAUAUAAAUUGAGAUCCUGAUGCCA